AUGGCUGCUCGUUUGUCCGCUGGCACCUCAGUUCGCACAGGUCAGAUUUAUGAUGACAUCGCCAACGCCAAGAACAAACAGCAAAGGCGCAGUCAUUGGCGCAGCAAAUACAAUUCCACGAUUGGUCCGACGCCACGAAUUACAGGAGCAGAGGUGCAAACGGCGCCGGCAGAAAAGGCUGAUCAUGCCUUUGCUUGUCGCAAGUCUUGUUUCUACGGUUCUACCGCGGAACCGGGGGGUCUUGGGAUGGGACGGAUGUUUGGAGAGGCACUCUGUUAG